AUGUUUCAUAUCAAAACCUAUAAGCUAUCUUUGUUUUCAGCUCUGUCUUCCUCCAGUGAUGUUAAUACUCCUUCUACCACUGAAGCUGCAUCAGCUCCAGUUAUCGACGACACCAUCGAUAAAAUUGUCGCAAGUGAAACACCAGACGGUCCAAUUAUCAACACCCCGAUCGGGACAAUUUUCUCAAUUAAAGCACCAGACAAAUUGAAGAAAACCGUACUAAUGACGUAUUUGACUAAAAAUAUUCCUCCCGAUUGUUAUGAAGAUUGUAACGUCACGCGAAAAAAAUGUAAAAACGAUGCUUGUAAUUACAGACAAAAUCUAUGUGUGAAAUGCAUAUUAAGUCGUAGAUGAAAGCAAUGCCCACAUCAUUAAUGAAACUAUAUUGAGGAUAUGGGAUUUCUCUGUUGAAGCACCUUAAAAGAUACGCACCAACUAAAUUAGUGAUUUCAGCCGAAUCACUCAAGCCCAUAGCUACAUCGAAAUUAUCAGGGACAUCAGAUCUCGUCCAAAGCUUACCAUCAAAUUCUGAUAGUCCUCCUGGCUAAAAGAAUAACGUCAAUUUUAUCUCUAGUUAUAAGAGAGAGGAUUUUGCGAAAAUUGGAGAUUUGUUAAGAAGAAUAGGAGAUAUACUGGAAGAAUAACUGUUAAUGUCAUAUUGAAUAAAUGAAUGAUUA